UUCUUCCGUGUCUUACACGAUCAAACGCAAGCCAUCGCCAAGAGAGAAGAAGCUUAAGCUAUUACUUUAUCAUUCAUUAUUCAAUGAUUUCGCCUCAUUUAUGUGAGCAAACCUGCUAAAGAGAACUUCAAAUUUGAUGGAUCGACUGCGAUAUGCAUCAUCUAUCACGUUUUUUCGUUCAUAAGGAAGAGGAGGAGGAGAAGAAGAAGAAUAAUAAGAAGAAGAGAAGGGAUAUGGAAUCGAAGAACAAACCAAGGCGGCUCGACCGUCGUUAUGCGAAUAAUAAUAUCAAUUACGAGCCGACAACUCCCUUCCCGGACCAAUCUGUUUCUCUUCGAACUCGAUCUCUCGAUUUGUAUCCUGUAAAUGACGAGACUAGCUUCAGGAUUGAUGGAAAUGAAGGCAUUGAUGCAAUAUUUCAGAAGAUUGGUUUGUCAGGGUUUGAAGAUUUCGCUAUACCAGCUGAUGCUUGGGAGGCUAGGAAGAUGCGUUCCUCUUCAGAUGUUCUCCCGGUGUCCUCUACGACUGAAGUAGAUGAACCCACAGACAAGAAGAAAUCCGAUAAUGCUAUUGUCGCCGGAGUUGGUAUGAUAGCUGACACCGUAAUAGUCAGUGAUAUGACAACUAUUCCUGUUUCUGUUGGCGGCGGCAAUGGAGGAGGAGGAGGAAUUAAGGGUAUUCGGCCGCCUCUACUUGCUCCUCCACCAGUAAUUUCACUACCAAAGAUGGAUACUGACUGCUCAACUUGGGAUUUGUUGAACUCAUUCGCUCCAGAUGGCGAUAUUUGUUCGUCAAAUUCAAGAGGGGUGUUGGAUUCAGAUGAGGAAGUGGACAGAGAGAUUAUCCAGCAGAGAGAAGCAAACGAUACGGGGUUUGCAGGGAGAAAUGUUCUCUCAGCGUCAUGCUCCUUUACCACUUCAAAUGACGAUGAUUGUUCUAGUACUACCACGGAACCUAUGUCAAACAACAUUUCACCUAAUUUAAGAAUCAAACGAACUAUCAGACGCUGGGAUAAAGGAGAAACUGUUCUAGGUCGUGGAUCAUUCGGUUCAGUGUAUGUUGGAAUAGCAGAAGAUGGUUUCUUUUUUGCUGUAAAGGAAGUCUCUUUGCUUGAUCAAGGAGAUAUAGGAAAACAAUGCAUUUCACAACUUGAACAGGAGAUUGCCCUUCUAAGCCAGUUUGAACAUGAAAACAUUGUUCAGUACUAUGGAACAGACAGGGAUGAAUCAAAUCUUUAUAUAUUUCUAGAGCUUGUAACCAUGGGCUCCCUUUUGACACUGUAUCAUAAAUAUCCUCUUCGGUUGCCCGUAGUCUCUUCUUACACUAGGCAGAUUUUGCAUGGUUUGAUGUAUCUUCACGAACAGAAUGUGGUCCACAGGGAUAUAAAGUGUGCAAAUAUAUUGGUAGAUGCUAAUGGAUCUGUCAAGCUUGCUGAUUUUGGAUUAGCAAAGGCAACUAAGUUGAAUGAUGUUAAAUCUUGCCAAGGAACUCCUUUUUGGAUGGCACCAGAGGUUAGUGCUUUACUAAUGUCUUUUGACUGCAUUAUGCUUUACUAAUGUCUUUUGACUGCAUUAUGCUGCUGGCACAUUACCAUGAGUUAAUUAAUUUUGAACCCUCAAAACGGCAUCAUCAUAUAUAAGUGAUAUAGCUCAGUGCCUAAAAUCACCAGAGUGUUAAACUAUGGCUUGUCUAUUGAUGUUGGUAGACUUGACUUUUGUCAGAACAUGUCGACAUGACUUAUCUAAAACUCUUCCUGCCAGUUUUAAAUUAUUAUGCAUUGGUAUUGUUUGAAUUCUUUGUACUACUUGACCAAGAUCUCUGUGUAAUUAGACUUCAUUGGAUAUUCUGCAUGAUUAUAUGAAAAAGGAAAUCAAACUCAGAAAUGAUGCUAAAGUAACUGAAUUUUUUAAGUAUCUUUGGAGCUUAACUCUACUGCUGAAAAGGUAUUUCAUUAUUUCACAAAAUUUAAGCCUUCUUAGGAGGUAAACCAUAGAGUUUCAAACUCUCCAACUAGGUUGGAUUACCGCGCUUCUGUAGCAACUCGAGGCAUCUAACAAGCCCAAGCAAUGCUUGAACUUAUCGUUAGUAACUGAGUUUGUCAACAUAUCUUUUUCAUUCUCACUGGUAUGAACCUUAUGUACCAAUAUCUCACCAGAUGUAAUCAUCUCUGUAAUCUUCUAAUAUCUCAUAUCAAUAUGCUUCGUUCUAGCAUGUUACACCUAAUUCUUUGCCAAAUAAAUCCGUUCUAGCAUUGUACCACCUUGCUCAAUACCCAGUUUCUUUAAUAGCCCAUUAAGCCACAAGACUUCUUUAACAGCUUUAGUUAUUGCCGCCGCUUCUGUAAUAGAUCUAUGUCGGGGGGUUUUCAGUUGUUGGCAAUGCCAAUAGACUAAACGGUUGAUUUCCAACAAAUAGGUCCCCCGCCAAGAGUAAAAACAUACCCAAAUGUGAACUUCCUAUCAUCCAUAUUGGUCGAGAAAAUGAGAUCUUUUUAGCAUGUGGAGAAAGUGGUUAUGGUGAUUAAUGGAGAGGGCAUUGCUGGUUUGAUUUCAUGUAUGUCUGUGACUUAUUGCAUGAGAUGAAAAAGGCCAUUGGAAUAUAAGGGAAUUUUUGUUAAUAAAAAGCUUCUACAUUGAGUAUGAAUAGGACAGAAAUCUAAGAAUUGUGUGAUUUCUUUCCUGAUUUUUUUUCCUCUUCAUAUCUUUUUGUUUAAUUUAUAUUUUUGCAUUGGCAUGUGCAAUUUUAAGGAUUAUUGUUGCACACUCAUACUCUCCUUUUUUUGGAAGAAACAUAAUUUUAUCGCUGCUUACGUAUUAAUCAAAAUAUUGCAUACUCCUACUGAUAACAAUGUUUACGUCAUUGUUAACAUUUAUUGUGACAAUUUCUUUAAAAAAAACAUUUAUUGUGACAAUGUAAAACAUGAUGAAGGCAAAGUCUUAUUAUCAAAGUUCCUAUAUAAUUUUUUCUCGAAAAAUGAUUUCUAUCUAACUAUCUUAUUUAACACAUAGGUUGUGAAGAGGAAUAGUCAAGGAUAUGGGCUUGCAGCUGAUAUAUGGAGUCUUGGCUGCACUGUCCUAGAAAUGCUGACCCGCCAGAUUCCUUACUAUCCUAUGGAACCGUAUCAGGCGAUGUUCAAGAUAGGAGGUGGAAUACUGCCGCCCAUUCCUGAUUUGCAUUCUCAAGAUGCACGCGAUUUCAUUCUUAAAUGUCUACAAAUCAAACCUGAUUCUCGGCCUACAGCCGCUCAGCUUCUGGACCAUCCAUUUGUGAGGCGGCCACUUUCUAUUUCCUCGGCUAAUUAAAUUGUUGGUCAGCUUUGAAGAGUAGUGUUGUUGUAACAAAACAAACAAACGGCUCCAAAUUAAGCCGUUGAUCUCCUCCUGCUUGUUGUUUAUCAACUCUAAACUUUCCUUCACGAAGAAAUUAAGGAGUUAUGGCAGUUUGUUCUUGAAUGUGCUGAACGGCUGCUCUUAUUUGUUGCGGUUGGAUCUUGGCUUGUAAUGAUUUAGUUAUUUUAUUGUUUGUUUAGGUAGAUUUAAAGUCUACUUUUGGUUUCUUAUUCAAUUUGAAUUAGAUUAUCCAAUUCCAUGUAUAAGGCAAGUAAAUAUGUAUCAGAAACAUCCAUGUAACUUCUAUUAGUCUCAUCAGUAAUAUUUCAUUUUUUCCCUCAAA